UUCAAUUCUACAAAUCAGGUGUUUACAAUGAACCAGAUUGUUCAUCAACAGAACUUGAUCAUGGUGUUUUAGCUGUUGGUUAUGAUACAGCAAGUUCAAAACAAUACUAUAUUGUUAAAAACUCAUGGGGAACAUCAUGGGGUCAAAAAGGUUACAUCUGGAUGACUCGCAACAAGAAAAAUCAAUGCGGUAUUGCAACAAUGGCCAGCUAUCCACUUGUUUAA